AUGCUCGUGGCCCUCAGCGCGGCGCGGUGGGUGGUGGGCAAGGCGCUGGCCCCUGUAGCCGAUGGCUUGCUGGAGGCUUGGGAUGCCAGCAAGCGCCUGGGUCUCAACAUCGAGGCCCUGAGGACGGAGCUGCUGCUCGUGCAGGCCACCCUCGAAGCCGCCAGCCGCAAGCAGAUCGACGGCCCGGCCUUGGAGGAGCUGCUGGGGAAGCUGCGGCACUCGGCGCACUCCGCUGAGGACUUGCUGGACGAGCUGGACUACUUCCGCAUCCACGACGAGCUCCACGACACGUACGACGCCGCCGACCAGCAUGCCAAGGGAUGCCUCCAUGACCUUGCCCUCAACGCUCGUCACACCGCCAAAGCUGUGCUUGGUUUAUCUGCGUGCUCGUCUGCUGCCUGUUGUCCCAAUGAACCCGGAGAAGUGGAAGAUGCCAGACAACAACAGGCCAGCUGUUGCACUUGGCCACGUGGUAGGCAGAGGUCUCGCGGCGAUUCCUCCUCGACGCCAAACACCAAUCAGGUUGAUGAGGACGGCGGGUGCAUGCUCAAGCUCGGUAAACUCCUCCCUUGCUCAUAUUUGCCGCGUGUUCGUGAUGAUCAUUCUGGCCAGCCAACUCACUCUGGCGCGCCACGGAGAGCAGCACCAAUGCUGGGGUUUAAUAGGGUUGAUGUCUCUGAAAGAAUGAAGCGUGUCAUAGAGCAAUUGCAGCCUGUGCGUACGGAGGUUGCCAAGGUUCUGCAGAGUUGUGGCCGUACGAUUGUCCCAGAUAUUGCCAAGAGUCGUCCCAUCACCACCGGUCAGAGCAUAGAGCCAAAACUGUAUGGGAGGGUCCAUAUCAUGAAUGGCAUCAUACAUGAUAUGACCAAGGGUAGAUACCAUAGCAAGGAUCUAACUGUACUUCCGAUUGUCGGUCCAGGGGGGAUAGGGAAGACAACUCUGAUACAACACAUAUAUAGAAACCAACAGGUUAGAAAUCAUUUUCAAGUUGUUAUUUGGGUGUGCGUGUCACUCAAAUUCAAUUUGAAUAAACUUUUGGAAGAGAUCGAAACAUAUAUCCCUCGUGUUGAAGGGGAAAAAUAUGGCAGGGUGGAAGAGCUGAUUGAGCAGAGAUUAAGAUCUAAAAGGUUUUUGCUUGUACUGGAUGAUAUAUGGGAGUUUAGUGACGAGGAUGAUUGGAAAAGGUUAUUGCUGCCACUCAAAACAUCACAAGAAAAAGGUAGCAUGAUCCUACUCACAACUCGGUUUCCAAUAAUAGCAAAGAUGGUUAAAACAACUGAUUAUAUAGAGUUGGAGGGAUUAGAAUCCGAACAAUUUAGGAAGUUAUUCCUUAGAUUUAUCUUUGGUGAUGAGCCCUUUAGAAGUGAUCAUAAUUUUUUGCUCGAUACCGGAGAUAAGAUAAUGGAAAAACUAAAGGGCUCCCCUCUUGCUGCAAAAACUGUUGGUACAUUACUGAGAAAGUGCCUUAAUUUGCGUCAUUGGAGAAGGGUUUUAGAAAGUAAAGAAUGGGAGAGACAAACCGGUGCCAAUGACAUUAUGCCUGCCCUGAAGCUUAGCUAUGACUAUCUUUCUUUCCAUCAACAACAAUGUUUCAUCUAUUCUGCACUAUUUCCGGAAGAUCAUGAGUAUAGUACCACUGAGCUAAUCAAUUUGUGGAUAGGACUAGAUAUUUUACAACCUGGUGUGCAGAAUCAAACAUUGGAAGGUGUAGGUUUAAUGAAUUUAAAUGACCUGGUCACACAUGGAUUUUUCAAAGAAGAGGAAACUAAUGGUCGUGUGCGUUAUGUAAUGCAUGACCCGCUACAUGAUUUAGCACUAAAGGUUGGGUCUCAUGAAUGUCUUACUGUACAUCAGUCUAAUGUGGGGUCAGUAGAAAUUAAGCCAUCUAUUCGUCACUUGUCUAUAAUCAUUGAUGAUGAUCAUACAAUGUGUGAUGAAAACUUUAAGAGCCAAUUGAGAAAGCUGAAGACAAGAUUGAAGGUUAGAGAAUUGCAUACUUUGAUGUUAUUUGGAGAAAUGGACGAAAGCUUUUCCCACAUUUUGAAUGAUUUGUUUAAGGAAGCUAAUGCCCUUCGCUUUAUCCGUUUGGUUGACAUGUCGUCUUCUGUGGAGUUCAUAUUACCUAACAAUUCAGCACUUGUCCACCUACGGUACCUAUGUUUGGGGACAAAGUAUAUGAGGGAGAUACCACUUGCCAUUUCCAAAUUUUAUCAUUUAAGGAUUCUAGAUCUUGGAUGGUGGCAUGGCUGUUGCGAUGUGCCAAAAGACUUGAGCAACCUUGCAAAAUUGCGUCAUUUUUAUACCCCAAGUGAUGAGCUUCAUUCUCAUAUUUAUAAUGUGGGGAAACUUACACUCUUAGAAGAGUUGAAGGUAUUUAAAGUCAAUAAAGAAAGUGAAGGAUUUGAACCAAAGCAACUUGAGCAUUUGACGGAACUAAGGGAACUUGGCAUGUAUAACCUUGAGAAUAUACACACGAAAGAAGAAGCAACCAAAGCAAAAUUGAUUGAAAAAAAUUACUUGGAGAGGUUAACCUUAGAUUGGGAUACUGAGCGGUCUAAUAGCAAGCCUGAUGUGGAAGAGGUGGUUCUUGAGAGCCUUCAACCACAUAGAUAUCUUCAAGAGUUGUCUAUUAGAGGGCAUGGAGGCCCUUCCUGUCCAACAUGGCUAGGUGAUAAGCUCACGGUUGAAGGUCUUCAAUCUCUUCAUCUCAUCGGUGUUUCUUGGCAAUGUCUCCCUUCUUUUGGGAAGAUGUGGGAUCUUCGUACAUUAAUAUUGAAGCAUAUUGCUGCAACAAAGGAGUUUGUUAUAGAGCAAACCUUCUGUGGGCUAAGAAGGCUUGAACUUGUUGGACUGGCAAACUUUGAGAAAUGGGUACCAUCACAGGAUGCUCAUCAUGUGUUUCCUCUUUUGCAAGUACUGAUUAUUAGAGACUGCCCUAAACUCUUGGAGUUGCCAUUUUCAAACCACAUUGUUGAUCAAGAUUGGAGCAUUGAUUGGUUUCCCAAAUUGCAAGAGCUUCAGAUAGAGAACUGUCCGGAAUUCUUGUUAGUGGCUCAUAUCCCUUGGACUGAAACUCUCCAUUCUGUAAAAAUACGAAGCGUAAAACUACUAGAGAAGUUUGAGUACUCAAAAUCAUCCUACAGAGCAGGAUUGGAGAUUGUUGGAAAGGGUGAUCUACAGAUGUUAGAUCAGGUGUUAGCAUUCAAUAACCUGACAGGUCUUGAGCAGCUGAUGCUAUCCACUGGCUCGUUUUCCUCCCCUUGCUGCUUCAUUUUCCCGCCCUCUCUGCAAUACCUUAUUAUUUCCGGUGUGGAAGGUAUGGGGACACUGGAGCCGCUCUCAAACCUCACCUCUCUCACCCGAUUAGUAUUGGAGAACUGUGGAGAGGAUCAAAGCUGCAAGGGCCUGGGACCUCUCCUUGCCGUCGGGGGACAGCUCAGAGAAUUACUCAUCUAUGGCAGCCCUAGAUUCUUUGUUGGAUGGGAUCCCAAUCCCAGGCAGGUGCUGCAGGAUGGAGGAGGAGAAGAGCAUGAGCUGCUUGUUUCCACCCCAAAUUCAUCAAAACUGCAGGAGCUUUGUACGGAUGAGGCCAUGGGACUCCUUGUUGUGCCCAUCUGUAGCUUCCUGUCUUCCUCCCUCACCCGCCUGCAUCUCUAUGGAAACCAAAAGAUGAAGUGCUUCACCAAGGAGCAAGAGGGCGCCCUUCACCUCCUCGCAUCCCUCCAGGAGCUCGAGUUUUCGAUGUUCGACAAGCUUCAGAGCCUCCCUGCAGGGCUGCACAAGCUGACCAGCCUCAGACGAUUAGAGGUCCGCUCAUGUCCGUGCGUCCGGUCGCUGCCCGAGGAUGGCCUCCCCGAAUUACUGCAACAGUUAGAUGUCUGGCUCUGCAACAAUGAGGAGCUAAAACAGCAGUGCAGGGGGUUAGCGGGAACCAUCCCAAAAAUCAAUUAG